GUUGAAAAUGGCGGUGGGCAGACACCAACGCUAGAAUUAAUAGUUUUUAAGCUGCUUGUUUGAACAAUUGAAACAUUACAAACAAGUGAAGGCUGGGAAAGAGUUAGUUAUAAAAUAUUUCCGAAAGGAAUCCACCAAUGGAAACAAAAUAUACGAUGUGUGGCACGUUUUAGGUAACGUUAGGGAAAAUCUUUGCAGCCAUCAACUGGGUAGUUGUAAUUGCAGGGUUGGACAUUUCCAACUGGUAUAAGGUCUCAAAAUAUUCAAAACUUUCCUUUGUCAAUCACGUCUCUCUAUUGACAGAAUUAUCCGAUCACUCUGAAAGCAGUCCGGUGAGGCACUCGUUUUGUCAGUGUUUGCAUCUGAAUGUAUGCAUACAUAAUCGUUUCAAAGCUAGUUGCUUGCUCGCUAGCAAGUAAGAAAUUAGCUAGCUUGCUAGUUGACUAGCUGGCUAGCGUGAAGUUGCCUGGCAUUCGGAGAUUUGACAGCGGAGUGAUUGAACAGUUAAAUGCCAUUGCCGACUAUGCCAUCUCAGCAGUGGGAUGGUGAUUCAUGAAGGUAAGGGCAUGGCACUGUAGCCCCAUCUCCACCUGACCUAAGCCUGCCUGCUCCUGCCCCCACUGCAGAGGAUCAUAUCCACUGCAGCCACCCAUGAUUGCCAUUCUGGAGCCAUAGAUCAAAAGGUGUGCUGAAGCUCAACAUGAGUGCCACUGAUGACGGCACACUUGAACCUGCCUCCCUAGAGUCCCGCAAAAGAAAGGGCUCGCCAUGCGACACAUCUGGGCAGAGUGUGGAGAAACAGAGACGGGAGCUGGAGUGUCGCUAUAUAGAUGAGCUGGCAGAAUUACUUUCAACCAACAUGGGUGAAAUUGCCAGCUUGAGUGUCAAGCCAGACAAGUGCCAGAUUCUGAAAAGCACUGUGGAUCAGAUCCAGCAGAUCAAGCGUCGCGAGCAAGAAAUGGCACAGAAAGCAGAUCUAGUUUCUUCAGAUGAUGAGGUGCAGAAGAGUGACAUAUCAUCAAGCAGUCAAGGAAUGGUGGAAAAAGAGGCUCUUGGACCACUGUUAUUAGAGGCCCUAAAUGGCUUCUUCUUUGUGGUGAAUCGGGAGGGUCGGAUUGUUUUUGUAUCUGAGAAUGUGACUAGCUACCUGGGUUACACCCAAGAAGAACUGAUGACUUCCAGUGUCUAUAGUAUCCUUCACGUUGGUGACCAUAAUGACUUUGUGCGCAGUCUGCUGCCUAAGAGCUUGGUGAAUGGCGUGCCAUGGCCUCAAGAAUCAGGUCGAAGGAACAGUCAUACCUUUAACUGUCGUCUGCUGAAGAGGCCACCAGAUGAGGUAGACUCAGCGAACCAGGAAGCACGUCAGCAGUAUGAGUCUAUGCAGUGCCUCACUGUGUCUCGGUCUGUGUUGGAAGAGGGUGAAGACCUGCAGAGCUGUCUCAUCUGUGUUGCUUGCCGAGCACCCCGUCCACAGCAGGCCCCUGUUGUUACGGAGUCCUUCAUCACAAAGCAAGACCCAACAGGAAAAAUAAUCUCCAUAGAGACGAGUGCUCUAAGAGCCACUGGUCGGCCGGGUUGGGAGGACCUGGUCAGGAAAUGCAUCUAUGCCUUUUUCCAGCCCCAGGGCAAGGAGCCCUCCCAUGCCAAGAAGCUUCUUCAUGAGGUGAUGACCCAUGGUACAGCCAUCAGUCCACUGUACCACUUCAUACUCAGUGAUGGAACUUCUCUCAGUGCCCAGACACGUUGCAAGUUUUGCUGCCCUCCUAAUCCUGAUGUACAGCCCUUCAUCAUGGGCAUCCACACUAUUGACAGGGAACACAACACUGCUUGCUCUCAGGAAAACUCUACCCCUCGCCUUCCACUACCCCUCAGCAGUUCCAGCCAGUCGCUCCUUUGUCGCUCCCCUGCUAUCCAACCAGCCAGUGAAAUUGUCAACAGCCUACAUUUGAACAAUGGCAACAAUGCCAGUACAGGCUUAGCUACACCCACUACCCAUGGAGGGUACCUGACCCCAAGUCGUGUUGGCCUCCAACAGGUCAGCAGCCCCUCUACAUUGAGCUGUCCCCUCACAGUAACCCCUACCUCUUUCAUGUCUCCCAGACCUCCACAAGGGAGCCCUGGUCUGGGUAGCCCUCGUGUGCCUGGAGGGCACCCUUUCUCCCCACCUUCUUGUGGACCAGGCGGCCUGCACUCUCCAGCAAGUGUGCUUGCCGGCCAGCAGAUAGGUGAAAAAGGAACAGCCACCACCAUAAGCUUCUCCCUUCCCACGAGGCAAACACUCACCCCUACUAGCUCCCCCAUUUGUAUACCCCCUGGACAACCCAUAGAGGAGACACAGAUUGGGGAUGAUGACUCCAAAGUAGCUGUGCUGUGCAACCUGAAACUCAAUCAGCUGCUGGAUGGGGGAGUGUUGGUCUCAAGUAGCCAGUCAGCUAAUCAAGAGCCUUCUCAUCUCCCACCUCUAUCUGUCCAGUGCCCUGCCUCACACAGUACGCUGACGGAGCGCCACAAAAUUUUGCAUAGUCUUCUACAAGAUAAUAGCCCCGUGGAACAGGCUGAUGCCAACAGGAAGGAGCCUGACAUCAAGAAAGAGCCUCCAGUCAGCCCUAAUUGUGGCUCCAGGGAGCCUCAAGACCACCAAUUGUUGCGCUUCCUCCUCGACACAGAUGAGAAAGACCUGGGAGACCUGCCCCCACCAGCUGCUCUCAGUCUGCAAACAGUACGUGUGAAAGCAGAGAAGAAAGGAAAUGGAGGAACAGAGAGUGUAUGUGCUGCAAACACAGCCAUUAACUCCCCAAAAGAGAGUGAGAAGACCAGUAGCUCGCACUUUUCUACUUCUGACUCAGAUACUCUUAACCAGCUGCUACCAUCCAUUGGGGCUAUUGGACGGAUAAAGCCUGCAGAGAAGGGUGUUCCCUGUCCUGCAGAGGACAAUAAAACAAAAAGUGUCAGUGUCAAGGAGGAGCCUCCCGGAACACCAGGCCAUGGACGCCCUAAGGAAGAAAUAGCAGAUACACAGCCUUUCCAGCCGGUGGCCUUGGGGGAUGCGCUGCCCUUCGACAGUAGCUUGGUAUCCCCAACACCUUCUCAUUUGCCGUCCCCAGAAGAGCAGUGUGUUCCUUGCCCAAUGGAUGAGAUGCUCUGCCCUCCCACAACCCCAGAGGGCCGCAAUGAUGAGAAGGCCUUGCUGGAGCAGCUGGUAUCUGUCUUGAGUGGCACAGAUGAGAGUGAACUUGCAGAGUUAGACCGCGCACUUGGCAUUGACAAGCUGGUUCAGGGUGGAUGUCUUGAACCAAUCCUUCAGCGACUUCCCACCCAGCCCUCUUCAGCAUCCAGUGUGACCACAGAUCCAAAGUUGACAGCAUACUCCGCUCCAUUCCCCCUCAAGUCCUCAAGUCCUCCUCAGUUCCCUUCAGAUUUGGGUGGAGCACAUGGGUUUGGCCUUGGAUCACCACGGGGAACUUUCCAUGGGGGGAUGGCUUUGAGGCCUGGAAUGCCUCGUACUCCUACCACGUCCAAUCAACUCCGCCUACCCCCAAACCAGCUUAGACUCCAGCUCCAGCAGCGACUGCAGGGACCACAGCAGAAUCGCCUUAUGGCUAUAGGACAGUUUUCACAGGGAGGGCAUAUUUCUGUGGGACUACAUCAAUCAGGUUUGCAACCACCACAACUGCCAUCACAGCCUCCACUGAAUGCUCAAAUGCUGGCUCAGCGGCAAAGGGAGCUCUACAGCUUCCAGCACAGACAACGACAGAUUCUCCAGCAGAAAGUCAUAAUGAUGAGCCAGAGCAUGGCCCCAGGACUGGGGGUCCAUCAAGUACCUAAAAGUCUUCAGCAGCAAGGGCCAGCCCAGGGCCAAGCGCAGAGCCAACAUCAGCAGUUUGGUUACUUAACUAGAUAUAGCACUGCAUCAAGUACCACCCCCACCUCACCCAGUCAUUUCAAUCAGAUGGGAGGGCCUCUGGACUUAAAGCUUCCUGGAAGGGUGACCUUGGAGAAUCAGAGUAUGAUUGGAACUGUGCAAGGGCAGUUUGGAGCAGUAGUAAAUUCCCCUGGACAAUACGGCAUACUUCAACCAGGAGACUCAUCUUUCCUACCUGAACUUAGUCCAACCAGCCAUCUUCUGUCACCACAGAAUACCUCACAGAAUGCUUUGUUGCAACAGGCCCCACAGUCAACUAUAUACCAGUCACCUGACAUUAACAAGAAUUGGCAGCAAGCUGCAAUAGGCAGUAACAGUCUGUUUAACCAGGCUGGACAGAAUGCCCCCCAGGCUUUUGGACAGCAGGGUCUAUACAAUAACAUGAGUAUAACUGUGUCCAUGGCUGGUGCCUCGGAAGCUGUUGGAUCAAUACCUCCAAUGGGUCCUCCUGUUGCUAUGGGCAACAACAACCUCUGCAGUGUCAGCUCCAUAUGUAAUGAUCAGGUACAGCAAGUCCAGGUGUUUGCUGAUGUUCAGUGCACAGUAAAUCUGGUAGGAAGUGAAUCCUAUCUCAGCCAGCCAGGUCCUAUGGGAAUCCAUAAAGGGCAGAGUGGAGCCCAAUCAGCCCAGACACAGCAGAAGAGUCUCCUACAGCAGCUCCUGACAGAGUGACUCCAGCACUAUCAUUGAGGAUAUGGUAGAGGAGCCUCUCAACACAGAAAUAUAUCUUCCUCACCUUUGAUUCCUUUUACAGUGUACCAGCAGGAUUACUGAGUGUGGGGUUAUGCUAAGGGGAGGUUCCCUUGGCAGUAAGGGUAUCUUUGAGCCCAACUUCAAAAUCAGUUUCUCUGUGGAGGAAGAUCCAAUUACAGACCAGCUUUAUGUUUGAGGGACCUGCUACCUCUCCUUAGUUCUGCCUUCUCAGUCAAUGUCUGAGUGGUACUACUUGGGGACCAGGGUAGCAUCUGAAUCCAGAUGGGUCAUUAUUGAAAACUUUGGCCAUUUUCUAGGAGGAUUCAUGAACGAUGGCUUUGGCCAAUUCUUGGGGAUUGUGUUAAUUUCUCAUGCAUUGAAGGCUUAGUUUCAGCUGGAUCUGUGACACAUGGCUCUCCUCUGCAGUGCCUGAUGGGAUAACUUUCCCAGUUUAAUUUUAAUAUUAUUUUAGGGCUGUUUAAUUCAUAUCUGUCUGUUGUCAAUGGCAGAACAAUUUUCAUAAGGAUGGGAUACUGCACUGGUUUUAAAAGUCUAUGACUUUUCCUGGGAGAGUGCCCCCACCCCUCAGCAGCUGUGAAGAAGAGCUUUGCAGGCUCCUGUUGGCCUCUCAGUGCAGGUUGGCAUUGUUGUACAGCACAGGCAAAGACAUUCUCUUUUUACCUACCUACCUUAAAACAACUGUCACUUUUAAACCAUCAAUAUUGUGGAUUUCUUAAAUCAGGUUUUCUAUGCUAUAAAUGGGACAUGUGCUUUUGUUAUGUCAAAUUUAUGAUUUCCCCUCAAUGAAGUUAUGUUUUACACAGAGAAAAAAAGUAUGGAAAUGUAACUUAACUAAAUCUUGUCAGACGAUAUUCAGAUAAAAAAAAGAUAAUGUAAUCAGAAUAUGGAAAUAUAUCUAAUCAAGUGUGAAGUAAAUGUUACAAUUCACCUUCAGUCCUUUAAAGCAUCUCAAGGAAAUAUGCAUCAAUGUGAUGCACCAAAUACUAUAUUCCCAAGUGUAAAACAUACAUACAGUUCAUUUUCUCUGGAUCAGAUGUGAUAAUAUCACUGGUCAUCCCACUAAAGGCUGCACACUACAGAUUUUGACUGCUCAUGUGACUACUGUGCUUCAGUCAGACACUGUCUAUCAGCACUACAUUUUUUUCUCUAUAUUAUUCCGCUUCUAAGGAUCCACAAUUCCAAUUAGUACAAUAUUUUCACAUACCUCAAGGCUGGGAGAAACAGUGCAUCUUACCAAGCAAUAACCUUAGACAACCUUAGACAGGGUUUAGACAACAGAUUCCUUAAAUAUUCUUGUUCAUUGUGGUGUAUCAGUAUUUGACCCAGAGGAAUUAAAUGUUCAAGGGGAAAGCCGUUCCUAUCAAUGUCUAUUUCUGCAUACCAGUUUCUUCACAAAAUGUGCAAAUGUUACUCUAGGAUGGCAGAUCAACUUAUUUUUUUAUACUACUCAAAUUUAGUCAAUGUUGAGGAUGUGUAUGGCUUUUGGUGUGUGUACGUGUGUGUGUACGUGUGUGUGUGUGCAUGUGUGCGUGUUUGCAUUUAUUUCUAUGCUGUGUAUUCAAAGACUGGCUCAGAGGCCCUCUCUUCUGCCAUUCCACAAGACAUCCUCUUUGCAAUUGGAUAACAGUUUGGUAUGGACUUGGUCAUUUUGGUUACGUUAAGACAUGUCUGGAAAAGCUGAAUGUCUUCCUGUCCGUUUUGUGUGUUUAAUUAUGUGGUUUUUUUUUUUUUCGUUUUGUUUUUUUGUAAGGGAGAUGAGAACUUGUUUGAAUUUGUGGAUAUGAGAUACAUUUGUUCAGGUCUGGAAAUGGUUCGUUGCUAAUGCGUAAUAGCAAGAAUUUUGCAAGAUGGACAGGAGGAAUGUCAUACAGUAUACUGUAUAAACACUAUUGUGUUUUUGUUUUGUUUAUCUUUCCAAGAAAUGGUGAAGUCAGUGGGUUCCUGAGCCUGUUUUUAACUGAAUAAUUAACCUAUGAUUUUUCAAAGAUUAAUAGAUGGAUAAAUAUACACACAUAAAAAAGGAAGCCACAAAAAUUAACAGAAUGCUUGUGACUAGUGUUUUGCUUGUUUGUUGACCAACUGAUGUUACCUUUAAAACAUUUUUUAAAUGUUGCUAAGAUGGGGUUGUAACAUUUCUGCUGUGCCUCUCUGGGAACUGGCUUUCCUUUUUUGAGAGUUGAUAUGAUUACAUCUCGUGUAGUUUUUGAUUGGAUUUAUCCAUUUUAGUCUGGUAACAAGCCCCCUUUUCCCACUGUAUUGGACAUAGGUUUAUGCCAAAUAUCUAGCACUGUUUUACUAUUCCUGUUAACAAUGAUUUAGUCUAUCAUGCAAGUGAUUCAGUGGCGAUGGUUUGCAUUCAGUACAGCACAGACAUGCAAAGAAAUUUGAAACUUUGCUCAACCAGUUAGCUUGUAUAUAACAGAUGAUGUGAGUAUAUAUCUGUUAAGAAUCAAUUGUAUGUAGAGCUUCAAGUUUGUGGUCAUAACUCACUUCCAUUUUUCUUUUAUUCUCUUGUGUUUGUUUUUAGUUGUGUGUUUGUUGUCUGUCUGUGUGGGAGAGAAAUAGAUACUGUAUAUCUGAUGUUAUAAUUGGAUGUCUUGUUUUUUUGUUUUUUUUUUUUUUUUCAAACUGCCUACAUUUUUCCUGUGGGUGAUCAGAUUGCUCUACACAUGAGAGAAUGGUUUAAGCGACUGCUGAAUGUGAUAUUGCUGAGAGAAGAGCAGCAAGGACUGGCUUUUGUACGGGUUAAUUUUAAAAGGCCAUAUUAUUUAAUUUCUCUGUUGUGAAAGCUUAAACAAAUAUGAAAAGGUGGAACCUUGUUUUUUUUUUUUUUUUACAGAACACUACCAAUGUGCUUUAGCAAACUGUUAUUGGUUACCUGGUAUGUCUUUCCAUGAGCCAGUGCUGUUUGAGAAGUAAAGACCAAAGCUUCAUGAUGUUCAAAGCCUCAUGCCAUAUGCAAGCCUCAUAUUUCUGGAUGAGACAAAUUUAGGAUUGAUUUCCUUUGACAACUGUCCUUUACCCUACAUGGAUAUACACUACUAUUGUCCAGCUUUUGCAUUGUAGACUUGUUUUCAUUUCUCUGCAUUCUCCUAACAUUUCCUGCUGACAUACUGGACAUAGUUGCCUCUCACCCUCUCUGCUAUGGAUGAGCCCGAUUGGCCUGUCCAUUGUAGACUUGGGCCUAGAUGUUUUAAAAAUGACCGCCAAAUUAUUGCCAGUUUCUGACUAAAAGCAAAUUACCGCCUGUUUCUGUUAAAAGCAGGUGUAAUCCAAAUUGCUGUUAAAUGCGUCAAUUAGAGAAACUUUCAGAGACAGUAUUCAGGGCAUCACUUUUCUUCAUUGUACUAUGUCAAAAUAAACCUUAACUUUUGUUUGCCUUUCUAAUAUCGUAUUUUCACUUCACUUCACAACAUCCACUUCCCAAUCUGCUAAAUUAGCGUCAUAGCCCUAGUCUACGUGCAGUAAAUAGUUCAAGUAUUUUUUUAAGUGGAUUAGUAGAACUACUAGGCCUAUUCUGUAUGUCACUGCUCGUUGACAACUUCUUAUCAUGGACGAUCGCUAAACUUUGAUUCUUUUUAAUGUUGCAAUCGGUUACAUCCAUUCAAUUGUGCUUGUGUUUCAGCUGUGGGCACACAAUUUGCAUUGUAAAGGAGGUGGGGACGGGUGGUGAUGAGCGCUGUUUACUUAAUGAAGUGAAGUGGCGCUUAGUAAAUUCCAUACAAUAUGGCAAAGUACAUUUCCCCUUCCUAUUUGUCCUGCUGACAUACUGGACUUUGCCUCUCACUGUCUCUGUAAGCCCCUUUUUUCACCCUUUUUUCAAGCCAACAUGUCAUGUUUACUGGGCAGAAAUUUAACUAAUGGUUUACAAAAAGUGAAAUCUAUGCUAUGCACCUUCAACAAAGCAUUUCUUUUGACACUUUAUUCUUAUUUAAUUCUUAAUAUUAGUAAUUGACAGUUAAUAUCAUUAUUUUUAGAAAUUGUUCGUCAGUUCUUUACACCAAAUUUGAAGUGCCUCGUGUGUGUGUGUGUGUGUGUGUUUUUAUUUUUUUUUUUCAUAGAGGACUUCUCACUCUUCAAUGAUAAAGUACUAUAAUGACAAUUUUCUUAUAUCAACCUUUGUAAAACAUAAUUGCUGUAUUUUGCAUAAAUUUUGUACUCGGUAAUAUCCAGGAAUUUGCAAGAAAUACAAUCUAGUUUUGCACUUUAUAUCAGAUAAUAAUGUUGAGGGGCCAUUGGUUGUAAAAAAAAAAAAAAACAGUUCUAGAUCAUGGUGGAAAAGAAAUCCCAUAGAUUUAAUUUAAUGUCUGUUUUAAAUACUUAAUAAUCAGUAAGACAAUAGAACUUACAAUUAUCAGGUUCAUCAGAGAGAACUUAGCCAUAGUCCCUUUACAUGAAUAGAGACUUGUCCUGUUACAUUCUCAUGGUUUCUCAGUAUUCUGCACUGCAGAUUCUCUGAAAACUAUGCCUAUGUAUUCUUCAGGUGUUUCUUGCCUCUUCCCUCAAAUCUGUCCCACUAGUAGUGUUUCUGAUUCAGCCUUUCAGUACAUUCCUCAUUGUCAUGUACUAUCUACUUUACCAUGAAGCAAGUCUUAUAAUGUAGAUAAAUGGAGGAGUUGUAUACAAUGAUGUGUACAAAUGUGCAUUGAAAGAGACAUAUUGUGCUUUCAGGCAGACAUGCAGAUUAACAAGUAAUAUUUAAUUGCAUACCGUUUCCAAUCGGUUUGGUGUUGUAUAAAUCACAUCUUCACUGUCUGAAAACAUGAGUAUCAUUUAACCAGAGAUGUUGACUAAUGUGUUGCCUUACACAUAAUUAUAGCUUGUUUUUUGUCAGCCAGGGGUUGAAUGCUUAUCUCUUCCCAUUUUAAUGGUAGUGCUCCUUAGAAACAAGGUUCCACUUUUUCCAUGUAAAAGUAAUAUAAAGAAUAUGUGUGUGUGUUUGUGUGUAUUACUUUACUCAUUUUGUCCAGUUUUGUAUAUCAUACUUGUUACUUCUUCUGGAAAGGCAUCAGUGCAGCUGCGUGGGACAAUAUGAAUGAAGAUGUUUUUUUUGUUUGUUUUUUUAAAGACUGCAUGUUUCUCUCUCCAUGACUCGCAUGGAGAUUCUUAAUUUUCAUUGGAUGUUUUAGACAAUCAGUCACAUACUGGGUCCAGCACCUGCGGGAUUAUCCUGAAGGCUAAAAAACUGUUUUUCAUCUACUGAAACAGUCUUAUUUUUUAAGUCCAUGUAAUGGAAUUAUAUGGCUACUCAAACUGAAAUAGAUCAAUUUUACUCAUGUACACAUACACACCUUGUGCAUAUAGCCUUUUUGUUGCUUUUCCAAGGUGAACAUGCUGACCUUGAAGGAAAUGAUGAUGCUUUGACUAACAGAAUCUCUAUAACAUCCAUGAAUGUGAGAAUGCAACACAUUGCAAUAAAAGCACCAUUCAAAACAA